GGACCAAUCAUAAUACAAAAUCCACACGGUAGAAUUCUUCGUGAUGUAGGCCUGUUAUAGAAAGAGAAUAUUGCAAUAGAUAAUUUUGCAAAAGUCAGAGGAAUACACGUACAGUUGCAAGUUCCUGUGCCGAUGCUGAGCAGUGAACAGGAAGAUACAAGCAACUUUUUGAUACGGUGAGUCAGGAUGUAUCGUGGUAGACCUCCAUUCCGAGGUCCGCCGCCGUCUCAUGGCCCGGAUCCCCGAGUUGCGCAUCCAAGCCAUGGGCACCCGGGACCGGACCGACCGUACUCCCGUCCGUCCUAUCGAGACGACAGAGACAGAGGUCGGAACGGAUAUAACAGCUACCGCGACCAUCCAGACUCUUAUCAACGAUCUCCGCCGCACCGAAGGUAUUCGCCCGGGUCAGGAAGAGGACCUGGGGACGACUGGGGUGGCGGCCCCCCUCCAAGAGAUCACUACAAUCAGCGUCGCACACCGUCACCUCCCCGUGGUGGUCUCCCGGUUGACCACAGUCUCGUUAUCACGGUGGGCAACGACCUGACGGCGCCGCCCGGCUCCCGCGGCCCCGACCCUUACGUCAGAGACUACCAUGCAGGAGAGUACAAGCCCCCCAGGCGCUCCAGCUACGACGGGCCAGACGACCGGGGCGCUCGACGCCGCAGCUCCAGUAGGGGGCGUAGCCGCUCCCCUGACCGCAGCCGAGCGCGCAGCCGCGUGCGGAGCCGUAGCCGCUCUGCGGAUCGCAGCCGUGGCCGCAGCAAGAGCCGAGCGCGUAGCAAGAGUCGAGCGCGUAGCAAGAGUCGAGCGCGUAGCAAGAGUCGAGCACGCAGCCGGAGCCGGAGUCGGAGUCGCAGUCGAGGCCGCAGCCAAGCGCGCAGCCGGGCGCAAAGCAGGGCACGCAGUCGAGCGCGCAGCAAGAGUCGUCCCCGCAGCAGGAGCCGCUCUCGCAGCCGAGGACGCAGCCACAGCCGCGGCAGGAGCCGGAGUCGGAGCAGGAGCAGGAGCCGGAGCAGGAGCAGGGGCCGCAGUCGCGCUCGGAGCCGUGCGGUGAGCCGUGCGAGGAGCAGGAGUCGCUCGCGCAGCAGGAGCGGCAGCGCCGGCUCACACGGGCGCAAACCCAACGACUUCGACGAGCUGGAGCGGGCGCGCAGGCGCAAGGAGCUGGAGGACAUCAUGAACAUGCCCACCAAGUCCAUCCUGAAGAGGCGCAUGGACUCCUCCGAGACCGACUCCCCCUUAGUCACGCAGAGUUGUGAUUCUCCACGGGACCCGGAGCAGGUGUUGGCGGCGAUCGCGGCGUCCGGCCUGGACCCGGCGCUGCUGAUGUCGGUGCUGGGGGAGCUGAAGGACGGCCCCCCCCUGGCCGGCGCCGCCGCGUUUGAGGACAUGCUGGCACGGCUGCAGCCUGCGGGGGGCGCCGCCGGGUUCCCGGGCGAGGGGGGGGGUGGUGGUGGUGGUCUCCAGGGCGACGGCAGCGAGGGCCUCAACAAGCUCCUGGGCCUGCUGGAGGACAUGGCCGGCGCCAAGAGGGACGAGCGCAAGAAGAGCCUCGCCGAGAUCGAGGACGAGGAGAAGUUCCUGUACGGAGACGAGGAGGAGGAGGACGACGAGGAGGAGAAGGCUCGUCUGCCCGUCAUGGACAUGUUCGCUGAGAGCAGGCCUGAGCCCCCCCUGCCCUACGCGCCCCCAAACCCCCCCAUGGUGGCCCCCGUGUACCUGCAGAGCCACAGCGAGGCCCUCGCACCUCCCCCCCCCACUCCUGCUCCUGCCCCCCCCCACGCGCUCCUCAGCACCUCCCCCGAGCGCCGGAGCAGGAGGGGGCGCAGGGAGCGGCUGCCUGAGGAGUUCCCCCCCGGCGUGGGGCCCGACGACGCCAAGGACCGGCAGGAGGUGGAGGAGUACGAGAAGAUCCAGGACCUGCUGAAGACCAUCGGGCUGGACCUGGGCGUCACGGAGAUCAGCAAGAUGGCCACGCGCACCAAGGAGCGUCUGCACGGCAGCAGGCCGCCGGCCGCCCACCGCAGGUCUCCCGAGAGGGCGCAGAAGCAGAAGCAGAAGCGGCGGCGGGGGCGGGGGCGGGGGCGGGGCUCCAGCCACAGCGGGAGUAGCGCUAGCGUUAGCGCCAGUGCUAGCGGCAGCAGCAGCAGCAGCAGGAGCUCCAGCCAGAGCAGCAGGAGCAGCAGCCAGAGCUCCAACAGCAGCAGGAAUAGUAACAGCUGGAGCCGACGGCACAGGCCGGAGCGUCGCUCUUCCGACGGGCGUUCCCAGGAGCGUCGCUCUUCCGACGGGCGUUCCCAGGGCCGCAAGUCUCCGCCGCCCAAAGAGGAGCGCAGCCGUGGUCGCCCCGCCCCCGCGCCGCCCAAGAGCGCCGCCCAGAGCCAAUCAGCUGCAUCCUCGGAAGCGCAGGCUCCGCCCCCGCCACAGACCAUCCCGCGCCUCGGCGGGCACCAAACCCACCCGAUGCCCGUCUACCCGCCCUCGCCAGCCCACGCCCACGCCAUGCCCCACCCCAACUACCCCCCCCCGGGGUACGACCAGUACGGCAACUACGUGCCCUACAUGGGGCAGGGCUGGCCCAUGUACCCCCCGCCCCCCCUGGGACCUGCCCUGAUGCCACCCCAGGGGGCAUCUCACGCCGCCGAGUACAGCAGCCCCUACCUGAAGGUCAUCGAGACGGUGCCCACCGACCGCUCCGACGCCAAGAAGCAGGACAAGAAGCCAGGGACUAUGGAGAGAGCCAAAGAGAGAGACCUGGCCAAAGAGAGGGACCUGGCCAAGGAGAGGGACCUGGCCAAGGAGAGGGACCUGGCCAAGGAGAGGGACCUGUCCAAAGACCUCUACAGCCAGGAGAAGGUGGACGAGCAGAAAGAUAAGGUUCUGGAGGAGCGGGAGAAACUGAAGAAGGACCGAGAGGGCCGCGUGAAGAAGAAGGACUUCCUCCUGAAGGAGCUGGAGCGGCUGAGGAAACAGCAAGGCGAGCUGCUGCGUAAGAAGCGGCGGGAGAAGGACGGCCACAAGGACCCGCUGCUGCUGGAGCUGAGCCGGCUGCAGGAGGACGUGAUGUCCCAGAUCUCCACGCUGCGCGCCGCCAACGACGAGGCGGACAGGAAGCUGGCGGAGCUGGAGAAGGUGGCGCUGAUCUUGGGCCUGCACGCCUCCGACCGCCCCCGCCGUGACCUCCGACCCCCAGCAGACCCCUCCCCCCGCCCCGUCCCCCGCCCCGCCCCCGACGACAAGCACCACGGCCGGGCGCGCAGCCGCGAGAGGUCCCCCGCCCGCCCGACCGCCACCACCGCCACCACCGCCAGCGCCCCUGUCUCUAAGGCGUCUACGUCAACAGCGAGAGCAACCGCGGAGGCUCCGAAGGCUCCGCUCAGCGCUCCGAAGGCUCCGGUCAGCGCUCCGGCUCCGGUGAAAAGCGUAGACCAGUUUGAGUACUACGACGCAGGCAACCACUGGUGCAAGAACUGUAACGUCACAUGCGGUGCCAUGUUUGAUUUUUUCACGCACUUGCACAGCAAGUCACACAGAAAGUCUCAAGACCCCUAUGACAGGCCCUGGGCCCCCGACACGUCCAGCCUGGAAAAGAAGAAGGCAAGCGGGGCGGAGAAGAUCACCAAGCCAGCCAAAGGCACUGAGUUUUUGAUGGCUGUGAGGGGAUUUUACUGCCAGCUGUGCAAGGAGUUCUUUGGAGACCCAAUCUGCGCUGAAGAGCAUGUGACUAGCCAAUCACACAAUGAGAAAUAUAAGCAACGGAUGUACGAGAAUCCGCUGUACGAGCAGCGGCGGAACUUGGACCGCCAGGCGGGCCUGACCAUCAGCUCGGAGUCCAAACACUCGGAACCGAAGCGCAAACAGGAGGUGGAGCUGUCGCGUGAGGAGUUCCUGAAGCGCAAACAGGAGGAGGAGCUACGUCCCGCCAAGCAGCCGCAGAAAGAGGAGGAGCCUACGAAACCACGAUCCGUACGCGAGGAGGAGCCUACGAGACCACGAUCCGUACGCGAGGAGGAGAAGAAGCCUGCGUACGGCCGGGAGGACGAGGACGGCAAGUUCAAGUACAGCCGCCGUGAGGAGAAGGAGGAGAAACUCAGAUACAGCAAGCGGGAGGAGGAGGAAGACCGGCCCAAAUAUGGGCGCAGGGAGGAGGAGGAAGACCGGCCCAAAUAUGGGCGCAGGGACGAGGAGGAGGACCGCCCCAAAUAUGGGCGCAGGGAGGAAGAGGAAGACCGGCCCAAAUACAGCAGACGAGACGAGGAGGAGGUGCGGCCCAAGUACAUGAAGAAGGAGGACGAUGAGAGCAAAACCAAAUACAGCAAGAGGGAGGAGAGCGAGGGGCGCUCCAGGCACAGCCAGCGGGACGAGGAGGAAGGGCGCUCCAAAUACAGCCGGCGCACAGAGGAGGAGGGCGGCAGGGGCAAACACAGCAAGCAGCAGCAGCAGCAUCAGGAGGAAGAGCAACAGCGUAGCAGGUACGCCCGCGAGGAAGACGAGCGAGCCUCGUGUGUCAAAGCUGACGACCGGGGGAAGUACGGACGAGCCUCGGAGAAGAGGUCCCGGUACGGCCCGGAGGAGCCGGAGAGGAAGCCGAAGUACGGCAAGUGGGAGGAGGAAGAGGAAGAGGCCAAGCCCAAGUGGACGAGAGAGGAGCGAGCGCCGGCGCCGAAGAAAGAGAGGGCCUACAGGAGCAAACCGGAAAAGGGCGGCAAAAGGGGAGAGGCGGCCAAGGAGGAGAAGCCGGAGGCCCCCGAGAAACCCGCGGAACCCCCGAAGGUGAUGUGCGGGCCGAGCCCCGCCAUGCUGGCCAAGCUGCGCAAGAAGAACGAGGAGGCCAACAAAGGGGGCGCGUUCGGCAAGUUCACCUGGAAGAAGCCGCAGAAGUCCAAGCUGGAGAAGGAGGCGGAGAGGAUGGCCGCGCAGUUCAUCCGGGAGGACGAGGCGGCGGCGAGGGCUGCCGAGCAGGUGAUGCUGAUGGACCCUGCUGCCGUGGUUACCGGUGGCCUUGGAGACGUGGAAGAUGGUGAAGAUGCGUUCGCCAGAUCGUUAGCCGCUGCCAAGACGAUCGCCAUCAAGCUGGCGGGCAAGACGGCGCUGCCCACGCCCGCCCCCUGGCAGUCCUUCGGCAUGUCGCCGGCCGCCAUGGUGCUCCGCAAGUCGGCCGCCAGCAACGUCGCGCCCGUGAACCCGGCGCUGGCCAUGAAGCCGGUCUCCGUCACGCCGGUCAAAGCCCCGCCUCCCGCUCCCGCUCCCGCCAGAGAGGAGAAGAAGGACGCCGUGCUGUCCGCAGACGUCAUCUCAAAGGCGUUCGGCGGACAGGAAGUCCAGCUGCCGCCCAUCCACCCAGCCGCCGCCUCCGACCCCGAGAUCCCCGCCGCCCAGCAGAGCACACUUGCCCCAGCAGAGCCACCUCUGGCCCCAGCAGAGCCCCCUCCAGGAGUGUGUGUGGUGCGUAUGGAGGCGGACGUGGCGGUGCCGGGCGUGUCCGAGUGUGAGCAGGCCCAGGCGGUGCUGGUGUGCCCCCCCCCCAUGCUCCAGAAGCCCCCCGCCAGCAAGAACCCCCCCAGAACCCUGAAGCCCAAGUCCAGCCUGGCAGCAGCCAAAGCUCAGGACCUGUUUGAUAUCUUCUACAGCGGGGGGUCACCCUUCGGCACCCCCACCCCCAACAUGGGCCCGAAGCCGGCCCGGGUGCACCCCAAAGCUGAGGCGAAGCAGGCCAAGGGUGAGGAGACCUCUGAGAGCAAGCAGCCGUCUGUAUCCAUGGAGACGGAGAAACAUUCUCCAGAGGUCGUCAUGGAGACUGUCCAUUUGGAGACAGAGGAACCUAUACAGGAAGUAGACAUGGACCCUGUCCAAUCAGAGGCAGUUGCUCCAGUCCAGGAAGUAGACAUGGACCCUGUCCAAUCAGAGGCAGUUGCUCCAGUCCAGGAAGUAGACAUGGACCCUGUCCAAUCAGAGGCAGUUGCUCCAGUCCAGGAAGUAGACAUGGAACCUGACCAAUCAGAGACAGUUGCUCCAGUCCAGGAAGUAGUUGUGAAACCUGUCCAAUCAGAGGCAGUUACUCCAGUACAGGAAGUGGCUGUGGAACCUGACCAAUCAGAGGCAGUAGCUCCAGUGCAGGAAGUGCCCGUGGACCCUGUCCAAUCAGAGGCAGUAGCUCCAGUGCAGGAAGUGCCCGUGGACCCUGUCCAAUUAGAGACAGUUGCUCCAGUACAGGAAGUGGCCGUGGACCCUGUCCAAUUAGAGACCGUUUCUCCCAUCCAGGAAGUUGCAAUGGACGUUGUCCAAUCAGAGGCAGUUUCUCCUCUCCAGGAAGUGUCCAUGGACCAUAUCCAGUCCAAGGCUGUUGCCCUGAUGCAGGAAGUGGCGAUGGACCCUGUCCAGCCGGAGACUGUCGGGCCUGGCCAGUCAGAGGCAGAUGAGCCUAUCCAGCUGGCUGUCAUUGACUCUGUCCAAUCAAAGACGGGACACCCUCUCCCAGCAGUCGUCAUGGAGACUAUCCAGUUGGAUUCUGACGACGACUCCAUCCCACAUGAAGUCAUGGAUGCUGUCCACUCUGAAAUAGACAACCCUAUCGUCAUAGAAACGGUCAGUCUGGAGGCUGACGACCCCAGCGAAGACGACGCCAUGGCGAUAAUCCUGGGCUCUGACAGCCCGCCGCCCGGCUCCUUCACCGAGCAGAUCAACCUCGACACCUUCGAGUUCAACUUUGAGCCGCCGGAGUGAGAGCGCCCCCUGCCUGCUCUCCGCAGCACUGGAACGGGAACGCUCCGCAGCUCUGCAGCGUCUCCACGGCUUUCAUUUUAAAGAAUGGUGACUUUUGUAAAAUACUUGUUUAAAAAAGUAGUUUUCUUUUCCCUCUAGCUGGAACACGUGAGCGUGAGCGGCUGAAAGGAAGACUGUUAAAGGGGGGAGUCCACCCCCCCCCCCCCCCCCCCCCCCCCCCCACAGGGGUACCCGGCGUCCUGAGUUUGAUCUGUUGACGGCCCCUCCGUAUCCAUGAGGAGCGCCACUUCUCUCUGCUCAUGCCCUUUAGCCAGCUGACGUGGUCUGCAUUAGUCCGCCGUGUUCUGUGUAAACUCUGCCGAAAUGUCUGUUUAAAUUUGACCGAAGGUAAUGUGGAGUAUUGUUUGAGCAUUAUCCUUUGCUGAUGUUUUUACAUGUGUAUGCGUAUUCAGGCUCUACAGCUAAAGAGUGUUCUUUUUUUUCAUUCCUGAGAUGAUUGAGAGACAUUCUUAAAUACAGGUGCAAGGAACACCCACGUUCCGAAGAGAACCAGGUGUAUGGUAAGCAGAUGAUGUCACAAGGACCAAAUGCCAUGGUUACGAUCUGAUCAUUCAUCUGCAUCAAAGAAUCAGUUUCUUUCUUUACAGCGAUGUCUGGAUGCAAGGAUGGGAGGGGCUUAUGAGACUAGUAGUCGUUUGGUUUCUGUUGAUGUUUUUGUAAAGAUUUUUGAUUUGAAGCCUGAUUCAGUUUCUCUGCCAGUGUUUAGAAUGUUUAUUGCCACAUGUAAUCCGACGUCCUGCUUAAACUGUACCUGUUGUUGGAAAAUGCUCUUCAAAUAAACCCUUCAGACCACA